CACACAGUCACACAUGCACACACUUCUCACUUCAGACAAUGGAGAACUGUUUAUCCACACUUGUGUUUCUAUUGUCGAUUGCUUUGGUCCUAUUUCCUAAGACAGGGGUGAGUUUUCUUGCAGCUGAAGGAGCCUCAGACAGUGACAGCAAAGUUUAUAUAGUGUAUCUUGGGGAAAGGGAACACGAUGAUCCAGAACUUUUCACAGCUUCUCAUCAUCAAAUGCUUGAAUCACUUCUUCAAAGCAAAGACGACGCACAUAACUCGCUGAUCUACAGCUACCAAUAUGGAUUCUCUGGUUUCGCGGCGCUUCUUACAUCUUCACAAGCAAAGAAAAUCUCAGAGCAUCCAGAAGUAAUCCAUGUUAUCCCGAACCGGAUUCUGAAACUGAAAACCACAAGAACUUGGGAUCAUCUUGGCCUCUCUCCAAAUCCAACUUCUUUUUCUUCAUCAUCAUCUGCAAAAGGUCUACUUCAUGAAACCAACAUGGGCAGUGAAGCUAUCAUCGGCGUCGUUGAUACCGGAAUAUGGCCGGAGUCAAAGGUCUUCAACGAUCAUGGUCUUGGACCAAUACCUCAGCGUUGGAGAGGAAAAUGUGAAUCAGGAGAACAGUUUAACGCCAAAAUACAUUGCAACAACAAGCUAAUAGGAGCAAAGUACUAUCUAAGCGGUCUACUCGCCGAGACUGGAGGGAAAUUCAACAGAACAAUCAUCCAAGAUUUCAAAUCCAACAGAGAUGCAAUUGGUCACGGCACGCAUACAGCCACAAUAGCCGGUGGCUCAUUCGUUCCCAACGUGAGCUUCUAUGGCCUAGCCCGAGGUACGGUCCGAGGUGGAGCCCCUCGGGCCCGAAUAGCCUCAUACAAGGUAUGUUGGAAUGUAGUGGGAUACGAUGGUAUAUGCACAGUUGCUGAUAUGUGGAAGGCUUUUGAUGAUGCUAUACAUGAUCAAGUAGAUGUUUUGUCGGUUUCUAUUGGGGCGGGAAUUCCCGAGAAUUCCGAGGUCGAUUCGGUCGACUUUAUCGCGGCUUUUCAUGCGGUGGCCAAAGGGAUUACAGUUGUGGCUGCGGGGGGUAAUGAUGGGCCUGGUGCUCAGAAUAUUACCAAUGCUGCUCCUUGGCUCUUGACUGUUGCUGCUACUACUCUUGACCGGUCUUUUCCUACAAAGAUCACACUUGGGAAUAACCAAACCCUCUUCGCUGAAUCUCUGUUCACUGGACCGGAGAUUUCAACCAGUUUAGCAUUCUUGGAUUCAGAUCAUAAUGUUGAUGUGAAGGGGAAAACAAUUCUUGAAUUCGAUAGUACUCAUCCUUCUUCAAUUGCAGGGAGAGGUGUAGUAGCAGUCAUCUUAGCCAAAAAGCCUGAUGAUCUUCUUGCUCGAUACAACUCUAUACCGUACAUUUUCACAGAUUAUGAGAUUGGAACUCACAUUUUACAAUACAUACGUACUACCAGAUCUCCCACUGUGAGAAUUAGUGCUGCUACGACCCUAAACGGUCAGCCUGCAAUGACUAAGGUUGCUGAAUUCUCAUCUAGAGGGCCUAAUUCUGUUUCACCAGCCAUUCUCAAGCCUGAUAUAGCAGCUCCGGGUGUUAGCAUACUCGCGGCAGUGAGUCCGCUUGAUCCUGAUGCGUUCAACGGAUUUGGACUUUAUUCAGGGACAUCGAUGUCGACUCCUGUUGUUUCUGGAAUCAUUGCUCUCCUAAAAUCACUACACCCUAACUGGUCUCCUGCUGCAAUGAGAUCAGCUUUGGUCACAACAGCUUGGAGGACAAGUCCAUCCGGAGAACCCAUUUUUGCUCAAGGAUCAAACAAGAAGCUUGCAGAUCCAUUUGACUAUGGAGGAGGACUUGUAAACCCUGAUAAAGCUGCUCAACCUGGUCUUGUCUACGAUAUGGGGAUCAAAGAUUACAUCAAUUAUAUGUGUUCCGCGGGUUACAUCGACUCUUCAAUCUCUCGUGUGCUUGGUAAAAAGACUAAAUGCACAAUUCCCAAGCCAUCAAUUCUUGAUAUCAACUUACCUUCAAUCACAAUUCCAAAUCUUGAGAAAGAAGUCACACUUACAAGAACUGUAACCAAUGUUGGACCCAUCAAGUCAGUUUAUAAAGCUGUAAUCGAGUCUCCUCUCGGUAUAACUCUCACCGUGAACCCAACCACUCUGGUGUUUAACUCUGCAGCAAAGAGAGUACUCACUUUCUCGGUUAAGGCUAAAACGAGUCAUAAAGUCAACAGUGGCUAUUUCUUUGGAAGCUUAACAUGGACUGAUGGUGUUCAUGAUGUUAUAAUACCUGUCUCUGUUAAGACAACGAUUUCGAUGUAA